AUGGCAUUCAGAGGACGCGGCCGUGGUACAGGCGCAAAUUUUUCAGGAGGUGGUUCCCGUGGUGGAGGUGGGUUUGGCGCCCGCGGUGGCCGUGGUGGGUUUGGCCGAGACAACGGUCCACCCAGCGAAGUUUUAGAAAUGGGUUCAUUUCUGCACAGCUGUGAGGGAGAGAUGGUUUGCGAGUCUAUUAAUACCAAGAUACCAUACUUCAAUGCACCCAUAUUUCUUCAAAAUAAGACUUCUAUUGGUAAAGUCGACGAAAUUCUGGGCCCCAUAAAUUCGCUAUAUUUCACAAUAAAACCUAGUGAAGGUAUUCAGCCCACAUCCUUCAAGUCAGGCGACAAAUUUUACAUAGGCAACGAUAAAUUGCUUCCAUUAGAAAAAUUUCUUCCUAAACCCAAACCACCCCCAGGUGCACCGAAACCCAAACGAGCCGGGGGAAGGGGCGGUCGUGGAGCUCCUAUGAGAGGAGGACGUGGUGGAGGAAGGGGAGCUCCUCGUGGUAGAGGAGGAUUUUCAUCCAGGGGAGGUGAUAGAGGAGGUCGGGGUGGUGGUGGAUUUUCUCGCGGUGGCUCUGGAUUCACACCAAGAGGCAGAGGAGGGUUUUCUAGUCGAGGCCGUGGCUAA